AUGUUGCAGCGCCAUGAGCAGCAGCUCCACUUCAUGGCUGAGGCCAUGCAGUCUAUGUCGGCCCGCCAUGAGAGCAGCAUGGAGUCCCUCCGCGACCACCUGCGGAACCUCGCCGUGGUGACGCGUACUCCGGACGUCACCCCCGCUGCUGCCCAAGCACCCACCUCCGCUCCAAUUAAAAGACAGGGCUCACCAGUCAACCAGAGGGCGCUGGUGAGCCGGGAAGUUAGAUUAGAAAUGCCCUCUCGACCCCGAAUCCAUGCCCAGUUGUUUUUCCAGGAUAAGAGCUACACUGUUCCGGUUCUGAUUGACUCGGGUGCAGACGCCAAUCUCCUCGACCAAGACCUGGCCUUCAAGAUGGGGAUUGAGCAAAUCGCUUUGGAAAGACCCAUCCGGGCCACGGCGUUGGACGGUCGGCUACUCUGCAGGGUGACUCAUCAAACCACCCCGCUGCGCUUGGAGAUGUCAGACCCUGCUCGCCAGUUUGUGGUGGAGGUGGAUGCGUCGGACACCGGUGUAGGAGCAGUUCUCUCGCAGCGGUCGUCUACAGAUCAGAAGGUUCAUCCAUGCGCCUUCUUCUCCCGGAAACUGUCUGCCACGGAGAGGAACUAUGACAUCGGGGAUCGGGAGUUAUUGGCGGUAAAGCUUGCACUGGAGGAGUGGAGACACUGGCUGGAGGGAGCUGACCAGCCGUUUAUGGUAUGGACUGACCACAAAAACUUAGAGUACAUUCGCUCUGCCAAGCGGUUGAACUCCAGACAGGCAAGUGGCCUGGGAGGUGGAAGAGGAAGUAAAACAGUCUCAUACAGCGCAACCGGCACCGAGUGCCUGCCCCGAUAA